AUGUGUGGAAAAGGGUUCGAGGCGCAUGCAGACGUUCAUUCAGCCUCGCCUUGGCACCCGACCCUUGCUCGAUCGCCGCGGAAGAGAGCACUAACAACAUCGAUCUUGAGAUCCCAUUCCUUCAACACCACACAACAAUCACCCCGCCACGAUCCGCAUCCAUGCUCGCCAACAACAUAUUGCGAUCAUAGACAUAUUACACGCACAUCUUGCAAGAAGAGUUUCUUGAACAACGACCGCUUUGCGCCUGGAAUAGGCUUUUGAUCGCACCGCGCGUCGCAAACUACAUAAUUCUGCAAGACUUCCGGUAAUGGUAUCAGCAGCAGGGACGCCACAGCCGCCGCGACGGGAGCGCCCACGGCCACCACCGCCGGCGGUGGUCGAAGCAGAGCAACAAUGGAUCUUCGUCGAAGAUGAGCUAUUGCAAGCGCCCUCGAUAGUAGAGGGUAUGGCACCGGAGGAAGAGCGCACGUUACGGCGGAAGGGCAUCAACUUUAUCUUACAAGUGGGCAUGAUGCUCAAAUUGCCACAAACCACUCUCAGCACAGCUGCCGUGUUCUUCAAUCGGUACCUCAUGAAGAAUAGCUUGAAGCCAAAGCCUGGCUACAAACCACUACAUCACUACCAAGUUGCUGCGACUGCGCUAUUCCUCGCUACAAAGGUCGAAGAGAAUUGCCGUAAGAUGAAGGAGCUGGUCGUAGCAUGCGUACGAGUCGCGCUCAAAGACCCGAACAAGCUCGUCGACGAACAAACCAAGGACUUCUGGAAAUGGCGAGACACAAUAUUGUACAGCGAGGACGUACUUUUGGAGAGUCUGUGCUUCGACCUGAACGUCGAAUCACCAUACAAGACGAUGUACGACAUGAUGAAGUACUACGGCGUCGAACACAACAAGAAGCUGCGCAACUCUGCCUGGGCAUUCUUGGCCGAUUCUGCUCUUACACAGAUGUGCCUACUGUUCGACUCGCGAACCAUUGCCGCGGCAUCUCUUUACUGUGGCGCUCGUAUGGCGGAGGUCAGCUUGGAGGAUGACGAUGGCAAGCCAUGGUGGGAGAUCCAACAUGUCAAGCUACGCAAUAUCAGAAGAGCCUGCAAUCUCAUGGCAGACAUAUACGAAAGAUCCCCAGACAAGGACGAAGAUGCGAACAAGUACUCUGGGCUUAGAACACCCGAAGAUGGUAUUGACUUUGGCGACACCCCGCGAAGCAUGGAAGGCGUACAGAUGACAGGUCAAGAGCUCAGUCAGAGCCAACCCACCGCAAACGGAACUGGCAACGCGACGGAGAGGGGUAGUGAGGAGGGCGAGUUAGACGGCUAGAUGAAGCUCACAAGCACGUCUGAUUCAGUGCUCCUCUUACCCAACACUGGAGCCUCGCAGCGGGUAUGCCCGCGGUGUACUGGCCACGGCUUGUGUCAUUUCUGGUGCCGCUCGACCGACAGACCAAAGCGCGUUGCGCCUUUCGUGAUGGUCGACCCCAUUACUCCUUUUCAACCUCACCUCAGAUCGUUCUGAAGAUCUUGGCGGUGUUCUUCCUUUUGAGCAUGGCAGCUGGCGUUAGGCGAAUGAGCAUAAAGAUACCCCUGAGCUCAAAGGGUUCAGGUUACUCAUAUUUAAUUACUACAAGUCAUCGCAUGAAUGACGUUUUGUAUCCU